UGUGGUUUUUGACUUCUGACUACAGUAGGGCGCCUUGGUAACUUGGCCUUGCUGACUGUUUCUAGAAUAGCUACCCUGUCAAAGGAUCGGCUCAGGGGGUGGACUAGUACUAAUCAUAGCAGCACCGUUGACAAAUCAUGGCGAACAUGUCGUAAUGUAGCGCGGACUAUGCUGAGAAUAACACCGUAAUCAGAGAAGAUAAAUUGUAUUAAAAACAUGGCGAGCAUGGUUGUGAAAAGUGGGAAUCGACAGGCCUUGCCCUCUCGCUUUCCUUUGUAUGUCGUGAUAUAUCGUGGGAUUUUGUUAACUCUCUUUUCCUCUUUUCCCCUCGUCGCGUAUCGAUCGUCGUUAACUUGGAGGCUACCGUCUAUCACAAGAUUCACAACUGAAUAGAAAAGGAAAUAGACGGAUCUGGAGUCAACAUGCAACGACUACAUCCAAACGGGGGACCGGCGCCGCGCCCGGUUAGCUGGAGCGUUGUUCCGGCCGACGACCCAGCUGCGCAUGAACAGAUGAUCAAGUUCAUCUCGGAGUCGUUAGUGGACGACAUACAGAGCAACAUAUCGAGCGGGUUCAUGCGACAAGUCCAUGCCUCCAAAAAGAGUACCAUGUCGCCCCAUGAUAAGGCAGAGCGGAUGCGCAUAGUCCGCAAGAUGCGAUCGUCACUGGAACGUCUUACAGAGGAGUUGGGGCAGAAGUUCUUCGAGGAGUUCAAAGUCCGACCGCCCGUUGGCCGAUGGUACGAUUCUUGGUUGUUUAACGAAACGCCGCAAUUCUGGAGCCCAGAACCGGAGUGGUCCAUGCCAUCUGAACCACAUGCGGCAGCUCUGGCGGCUCUAGAGUCUCGUAGUGAUGCGCGUAGUGUUGCCAGCAGCAACAACGGCCGUGUUUUCGGUUCUGAAACCACCCCUGAAGUCAAAGUAGACUUCAUGGAGGAUAUCGAAGAGUUCGAAGAAACUCAGGAAUUUGCGCCGAUCCCCGAGUACAGACCGGAUGCGCCAGCGACGGAGGAGAAAACAGAGGGUCCGCCACCGGCUACCAUGGGCUGUCAAUGCGAACAUGAGCACGACGGUGCGGAGGGGACACACCUCUGCCAGACAUGUGACUGCAGCAACCAGGGUUAUGGCUGCAUCGCAUCUUGUGGUUGCGACGAGACAUGCCAGAACAACUUCAACAAUAUCGCGCUGGACAACAUUCUCGGCACCGUUGGCGGCUCUCAGAUGAAGCUCGACCCGUGCUUCAUCACCUUUUUGCAGAAGCACAAGCUCGAAGGUGCCCCCAUCACCCUUGACUAUCUAUUUGAACACCUCCUGUCCGGUCUAGACUACGUACCGGAUGGCAACGACGAGGCGAUCGACGCGUGGCGGGCAACAUGGGAGACGGGCUACAACGGACCGGACCCCGAAGCACGAACGGAGGAUCUCCAACGCCAACUUCUCCGUCUCGGACUCGGCCCCAGCGACAAGGAGGGGGCGUGGUUCUUCUCGUUCUGCUACCUCAACAGCGAGCGCAUCGGAAGCUGGCAGCAGCGCGACCAGAUCUGGCACUGCAGGGCGUGCGGCAACUGCAGCGAGCGACAGGAAUGGCACUGCGGAACAUGCAACAAGUGCACGUACGGCAGGGCGAUCCCGUGCGGCGGGUGCGGCGGCGUGUCGAGCUCGUACCACUUGGACCACAAAUCAUGACUGGCGCAGGACUGGGUUCGCAGUUUCAUCAUCAAGGCAGUGCUGACCUGCCGGGGACUAAGGCGGGUUGGGAAAAAGCUGAGGACCCGGUUCUCUGGCAACCUUCGCAUC